ACCACGAGAACAUGUUUUCAUGAUUAUCUUCUACUUGCAAAAUCCCCAAUCGAGGUCAACGAUUAGGGUUUUAAUCGCGGGGACCAUGGCCUCUCCACCACUAAUUCCGACCGAAUACUGACCGUCCGAUCACACGGAAAUGUCGUCCUCACCGUCGUCGUCCUCCUCCGCUUUCUCUCUGAUCUGCAUCCUCCACUCCCUGAUCGCCCUUACUAGUGGGGGCCUCAUGAUGUUCCAGAUGAAGGAAAUCUAUACUUUCACUCACGGGAUCGAGACCGCGACGAAACUAUUAGGCUCCACAACUCACGAUCAGCUCCUGAUCCGGACCUCCGAUUCAUUUUCCGGGUUACUCCUGUUUGCUAUCGGGUUUUUGAUAUUCAUGGUCUCUUUCGUGAAGGAUAGAGAGUUCCAGUCAUUCUUCGCCAAGGGAUGCACGAUCCUCCAUGUUUUCAUGGCUCUUUGGAGGGUUUACUUUGAGAGGCGAGUCGAAGAUCUGGCCUGGGAUUGGUUGCGCCAGUCAGUUGGGGAUAUAGUAUUGGCUCUCUCGUGGGUUUUCUCUGUCGUCUAUACAUGGAGAGAAAAGAAGACCCUCCGAGUCGAAGCGCCGCCAAUCACGAUAAGUGACCUUUGUAAUCUCCAAUUCUCCAUACAGUAAUUCGCAGGGGAAAAGUAGAACUCAGUGAUUCCUCCAGCUUGGAUGAGAACUUCGAAGGCCUCUGCAUUUACAGCCAAUGUAGUUCGCGUGUGAGGAUAGAGAAGCUUGUAAAUGGGUCAAACAUCGGUGUGCUGCUAGGAUGAAUGGUUCCAUGCACACAUGAAUUUGCAACCUGUUGCAUGAUCAGUCAAUCAUCCUCAUUAACAUCGCAUAUUUUCUCUUUGGCACUGACUUUGAGCAAGUCUACACAUAAUUGUGCCUGUGAGUGGUUGUUGGUGGGUGUGAUACAAGCAUACCAAUGAUGGAUGAGCUGAUGAACGCCGGCA